AUGAGUGUGCAACCAUUAGACACACCAACCCACGAUGAAAAGUCUCAAAUUUCACCAGCCGACACCGCAAAUGUYAUAAGUAGAGUGUCUUUGGAAAAACACAAUUUACACAAAUCCUUCGCUAAGAUWCUUAUGUUGGCACAAAUUUUCGGAUUUUUCCCGGUUCAAGGAAUUCUUGGACGGGAUUUUCGUUCAGUGCACUUUACAUGGACGUCUGCAAGAGUCGGUUAUACAAUUUUGACCAUUUUGGGGGCAACUUUUGUUACAGUUUUGCAACUUCAUAAGAUUUUUGCGAAAGGUUUGAACGUGAUUGAAGUCAAUCGGUUGUUUUUCUAUUGUUCGGGGUUAGUUUCCGGUUAUUUGUAUUUGAAACUAGCUAUGAAGUGGCCUCGGUUUAUGAAAGACUGGAGUUCUGUUGAGAUAUUGAUGGCAAGUUAUGGCUGGCCUUCAGGACUUAACAGGAGGUUGAAUGUUUUACUUACAGUUUUUAUGUCACUAGCUUUAGUCGAAUAUAUCUUGAUGCAAACAAACAAACUCACCUUGGCUUUGGAAUGUAAUAACAGUACUUCAGAAGGGUUUGAUUAUUUUUUUGGCAAAAUGUCCUACUCUCACAUUUUUGCGCUAAUGGAUUACAAUAUUGUUAUGGCUCUUAUUUUGCAAUUUAUUACAUUACAACACACUUUUAUUUGGAUUUUCAACGAUGUUUUUGUCAUGCUACUAAGCACAGCUUUGGCGUCCAGAUUCAAUCAAGUGACUGAAAGAAUUCAGUCAAUGUCUGACUCAAAAAAUAAAAAUGAAAGUGCUUGGAAAAACUUGCGACAAGACUACAAUCGACUUUGCAGACUUUGCAAAAAAGUUGAUGAAGAAAUAUCGUACAUAGUUCUCAUGUCUUUUGCUUCUGACUUGCUUUUCAUUUUAAUCCAAUUGUUUAAUAGUUUYAGACAGAUGAAAAAUAAUUUGGAACGAAUCUACUUUUACUGGUCUUUUGGUUUUUUGCUUGUGCGUACAGUUUGUUUGUGUCUUUUUGGUGGAAAAGUUAACGAUGAAAGUACACAACCAUUGUUGGUUUUAAAUUCAGUUUCGGCAGAUGUGUAUAACUUAGAGAUCCAAAGAUUUAUACACCAAAUUGGGACACUUGAAGUUGCUUUUACGGGCAAAAACUUUUUCAGUAUUACUCGAGGACUAAUCCUCAGCAUUGCUAGCGCUAUAGUUUCCUACGAGUUGGUUUUAAUGCAAUUCAAUGAUAGUUUAUUGGAAACUAUUUCUGAACAAAUUGAUUCUUGUCCCGUUUAUCUACCCACAGAUAUGGAAAAGUCGACAAAAAAAAAUCCAGUUUCCAUCGCAAAAAACAACGUACACAAGUCUUUCAGUAAAAUGUUGAUCCUUGCUCAAAUUUUCGGAUUUUUGCCAGUGCAAGGCAUCCUAGGCCCCGAUUUUCGGUCUCUACAUUUUUCUUGGAAGUCAUUCAGAGUUGUAUACUCAAUUUUUACUCUUCUUGGGACAUGUCUCAUCUCCGCCUUUCAAAUGCAGAAAAUCGCUACUAAAGGAUUAGACUUAUUGGAAGCUAAUCGAUUAUUCUUUUUUCUUACCGGAGUUGCGGCAGCACUUUUCUACUUACAUUUGGCCAAAAAGUGGCCAAUCAUUUUGAAAGACUGGUGCCUGGUUGAGUCAACAUUUGCUAGUUAUGGGUGGCCCAAUGGACUCAACAAAAAGUUGAAUAUUUUAAUGAUUGUUUUCAUGUUAAUUGCUUUAGGGGAACAUAUUUUGGUCCAAACAAACAAGCUUGUGUUAUCGCUGGAAUGCAAUAAUAGUACUGCUGAAGGUUUUACGUAUUUUCUUAGUACUAUGUCUUUUAAACAUAUUUUUGCCUUGGUGGAGUAUGAUAUUUUCAAAGCUCUGGUUUUGCAAACCAUCAAUCUUCAGAUUACUUUCAUUUGGACAUACAAUGAUUUGUUUGUAAUGUUGAUAAGUACGACUUUGGCUUACAGAUUUAGUCAGAUAACCCGAAGAAUUACAUCGGUGGCUAAAGCAAAGAUGAAAAAUGAGAUUAUUUGGAAAAAUCUGCGGGAAGAUUACACCAGACAAUGCAAACUUGUUAAAAAAGUUGAUGAAGAAAUUGCUUAUAUUGUUCUUUUGACAUUCGCAUCCGAUUUACUAUUCAUUUUAAUUCAACUUUUUAAUAGUUUGAGACAAAUGAGGAAUAAUUUAGAACGAUUAUAUUUAUACUGGUCUUUUGCUCUCUUAAUAUCACGAACUGUUUGUUUAUGUCUAUGUGGUGCUAAAGUUCACGAUGAAAGUAUUAAGCCAUUGUUAACACUGUAUUCAGUACCUACCGAAAUUUAUAAUCUGGAGUUUCAGAGAUUUGUUCAACAAAUUGCAAAUAAAGAUAUUGCAAUAACUGGCAAUAAUUUUUUUAGUAUUACCAGAGGGUUAAUUCUUAGCAUUGCAGGAGCUAUAGUAACUUACGAAUUAGUUUUAAUUCAAUUUAGCCCUAAUUUAUUAAAGGAGGAGCCAAGACAAGAAGGCUCUUCUUCGAUUUAUGGCGAGAGUAGAAAAAUCUUACCUUUAUUAUUCACAGUCUCUUCGUCCUCAUACAACUGCGAAGUUGAGCGGUUUAUCGAUCAGGUUAUAAAAAAUGAAAUAAUACUUACUGGUAAAAAAUUCUUUAAAAUUACAAAAAAACUCAUUUUACAAAUUGCUGGUGCUAUUGUGACUUAUGAACUAGUGGUAAUACAGUUUAACCUACGUCUAACAGAGGAUGACAGUGAUGAAAUUAAUUUACUUUCAUAA